GCAUUGUCGUGAAAUGGUGGACUCCCAGCAAGUAUAGACAUGUUCACCAGUUCAGACCAGUCCCUUUCCGUCUCCCUCCACACUCCGUCCAUCUGCGGUCCAGGCGGCGGACAACAGCGGGUUCAGUCCUCCCUGUCCCUCCCCGAACCCGAGGCCUGGAGGAAGCCCGUCCCGGCCGCCCGCACCGGCCUAGCGCAGGGUGUGCGGUCCUGCUCCUUGCAGGUCCCUCACAGCGAGCUCCUGGAGCUUCCCGCUCGAGCUGCCAGCUUUGACUUGCCGUGCGGAGAGGAUUCAGAUCGAGGUUCGGGGUCUCCGAGCCCGGGGCAUGGAGCGCUUCGGCGGCGCGGAGGACUGGUGGAGCAGAAGGACAUCAUCAUGGCUCACCAGGCCCAUAAAAUCCAGAGUACGCCGCAAGCUCGCAGGAAGGAGUGGGAAAUGGCUCGCUUCGGAGACGAGUCCGCCCCCAGCACCGUGGACUCCGGGGAUGGGGACGUGGAGCGAGGCGUUGACGCUCAGGACCCGGCGACGGCAGCUGCCGGUGGCGAUGUUGCCGGUGCGCUGACGGCGUCCAUGAAGCAAGCCAAGGCGCAGCGGGCCAGGACUAUGGCUCUGUACAACCCUGUGCCGCACCGGCAGAACUGUCUGACCGUCAACAGGUCGCUGUUUAUAUUUGCAGAAGACAACUUCAUCAGGAGAUAUGCACGGCGCAUCAUCGAGUGGCCGCCAUUCGAGUACAUGAUCCUGGCCACCAUCACCGCCAACUGUGUGGUGCUGGCUUUGGAGCAGCACCUUCCCGGAGAAGACAAGACGCCCAUGGCCAAGAGACUGGAGAAGACCGAGCCGUACUUCAUCGGGAUUUUCUGCUUCGAGGCGGGCAUCAAGCUGGUGGCGCUGGGCUUUGUUUUCCACAAAGGUUCCUACCUGCGCAACGGUUGGAACGUCAUGGACUUCAUCGUGGUGCUCAGCGGGAUCCUGGCGACAGCAGGGGCCCACAUGAACAUCCCUGUGGACCUUCGCACCCUGAGGGCUGUGCGAGUCUUGAGGCCCCUCAAACUUGUCUCCGGCAUCCCCAGUCUGCAGAUAGUGCUGAAGUCCAUCAUGAAGGCCAUGAUCCCACUGCUCCAGAUUGGCCUCCUCCUCUUCUUCGCCAUUCUCAUGUUCGCCAUCAUCGGCCUGGAGUUCUACAGCGGGAAGCUUCACCACACCUGCCUGUCAUCUGUCGACAUCCUUGACAACGAGACAGUGGACUCGUCGGAGUUGGCGUUUGCGUGUGGCUUUAGGAAGUGUCCUGAGAAGUACGACUGCAAUGACACCUGGAUCGGCCCCAAUGACGGCAUCACACAGUUUGACAACAUCCUGUUUGCUGUACUCACCGUCUUCCAGUGCAUCACCAUGGAGGGAUGGACGGCCGUUCUCUAUAAUACGAACGACGCCUUAGGCUUCACAUGGAACUGGAUGUACUUCAUCCCCCUCAUCAUCAUCGGCUCCUUCUUUGUGCUCAACCUGGUGUUGGGAGUCCUGUCUGGAGAGUUUGCUAAGGAGAGGGAGCGGGUAGAGAACAGGCGGGCCUUCAUGAAGCUGCGGCGCCAGCAACAGGUGGAGCGAGAACUAAACGGCUACCGGGCGUGGAUUGACAGGGCAGAGGAAGUAAUGCUGGCAGAGGAGAACAAAAAUUCUGGGAGGUCCCCAUUAGAUGUGCUGAAGAGGGCGAGUAAGAAGACAGGUGCACGAAGAGGAGCCCCGGGUGACGAAAAAUACACGGACAUGUCCACUGCCAGCAUGUCUCGCUCCAGGAUGAAUUUCCGCAGUGGCCGCCGAGGCCCAGCCGCUUACCUGCGACGCAAAGAGCGCAUGUUGCGCAUCUCCAUCCGCCGCAUGGUGAAGACGGACACGUUCUACCUGAUGGUGCUAAGCCUGGUGGCUCUCAACACCAUCUGUGUGGCCAUCGUCCACCACAACCAGCCCGACUGGCUCACCAUCUUCCUCUACUAUGCAGAGUUUGUGUUCCUGGGGCUGUUUUUGGCUGAGAUGUUCUUGAAAAUGUAUGGUUUGGGUUUCCGUCUUUACUUCCAUUCAUCUUUCAACUGCUUCGACUGUGGCGUUAUUGUCGGCAGCAUCUUCGAAGUGGUGUGGGGCUUCUUCCGACCUGGAAUGUCAUUUGGCAUCAGUGUGCUGAGGGCGCUGAGGCUCUUGAGGAUUUUCAAGAUCACCAAAUACUGGGCCUCGCUCAGGAACCUGGUUGUGUCGUUAAUGAGCUCCAUGAAGUCCAUCAUCAGCCUUCUUUUCCUGCUCUUCCUUUUUGUUGUGGUCUUUGCCCUGCUGGGGAUGCAGCUCUUCGGAGGACGGUUCAUCUUUGAGGAUUACACUCCUACCAACUUUGACACAUUUCCAGCUGCCAUCAUGACAGUGUUUCAGAUAUUGACGGGCGAAGACUGGAAUGAGGUGAUGUACAACGGGAUUCGCUCGCAAGGAGGCGUGCAGUACGGCAUGUGGUCGUCGAUCUACUUUAUUGUCCUCACCCUGUUUGGAAACUACACCCUCCUCAAUGUCUUUUUGGCUAUCGCCGUGGAUAAUCUGGCCAAUGCGCAGGAAUUGACGAAGGAUGAAGAGGAAGAAGAGGAGUUCUUCAACCAACGGUAUGCCCGAGGCAGAGAUGGCUUAAUAUCUGAUGGCAGAAGAAGACCCUACCUAUACAGGAAACGCGCUAUCCACCGUGGUCGACCUACCUUCCCCGACGAGGCAGAGGGUGCAUUAGGUGCCGCGGACGAGCAACCCCUAAGAAGCUCCAACGCCUUUGCCAAUCGCCGUGAGAGGAGGAGAAAAGUCAACAUGUCUGUGUGGGAACAGCGAGCCAAUCAGCUACGCAAACGCCGCCAGAUGGCGAGCAGAGAGGAGCUGUUCAGCAACCCCACGGAGGACACCGCUGAAACCUCCAGUGCUCAACACGUGCCUGCCGUGUCCCCAGAGGCCAGCCCCGGCCGCAUACCCGAGUCCCCAAUGUCCGUAGGGAUGCCCCUGCCUGAACCUCCAAUGUCUAUAUCCAUUCCCAUACCCGAACCCCCCACGGCCGAGCCUUUGGUCAACCUCUCCGAGGAGAAACCAAGCGGAUCCAACCACCGGACCACAGGUGGGGGCCGGCACAGGAUGGCCCGCAAGUUCAGACCCAGUCAGGGGCCGGAAGAAGGGGCCAGGCACCGACGGCACAGACACCGCGAGGCUCGCGCAGAGGCCAAGAGUCUAGACUGUACGCAGACGCCGCAUGAUGUGCCGCUCAUCCAGCGCUCACUCAGUCAGGAGAAGAGGAUUCUGGACGAGGGCGAGGAGCAGGAGGAGAAAGACAACGCUGAGGUGGAAGGCAAAGCGGUGCAGGAACCUGGGUUGUGUAUCGUCAACCCAUAUGCAGCCGUUGGAGAUGAUGGAAGGACGAGUGACAUUCCUGAGCCUCCUCAAUGCCAGCGGCUCCUGGAGUGUCAGAGCGUCCCCGUGGAGACGGCCCAGGAGGCUACCGAGUUCACCGUGUGCACCCUCGAAGCCGAGAACCGCACGGGCUCCCUCCGCCGUGUCAAGUCCAACAUGGAGGGAUGCGUGGCCAUCGAGAUGUCGUCCGCACAACCCCUGCUGGAGCUCACGCCAAUGACAGUGAACAGCAAAGAGAUGGAGGCCUACCAGUGUGAGCCGAGGGACGAAGAAGAAGACACAGAAGAAGAGGAACCUCCCAUUCCCCCCAAGCCUGUUGCACCAGACAGCAUGUUCCUCUUCAAAGCCUCCAACCCUAUCAGAAGGGUCUGUCACUACGUUGUUAAUAUGCGCUACUUUGAGAUGAGCAUCCUCCUCGUGAUUGUGGCCAGUAGCAUCGCUCUGGCCGCUGAAGACCCAGUGUGUACCAGCUCACAAAGAAACAAGGUCCUCCGUUAUUUUGAUUACGUCUUUACCGGCGUGUUCACCUUUGAAAUGAUCAUCAAGAUGAUCGACCAGGGCCUCAUCUUGCACGACGGCUCCUAUUUCCGAGACAUGUGGAACCUCCUGGACUUCAUUGUGGUGGUGGGAGCGCUCAUUGCCUUCGCUCUGACAAACAACAAGGGCCGAGACAUCAAGACCAUUAAGUCCCUCCGUGUCCUGAGAGUCCUGCGACCACUUAAAACCAUCAAGAGGCUUCCCAAGCUGAAGGCGGUAUUUGAUUGCGUGGUGACAUCGCUGAAGAACGUCUUUAACAUCCUCAUUGUGUACCAGCUCUUCAUGUUCAUCUUUGCUGUCAUUGCCGUGCAGCUCUUCAAGGGCAAGUUCUUUUACUGCACUGACAGCUCCAUGAACACAGAGAAGGAGUGCCAAGGCUACUACAUCGACUACAGCAGGGACAAGAAGGAGGUGAAAAGAAGAGAGUGGAAAAGGCACGAGUUCCACUACGACAACGUCUGCUGGGCCCUCCUCACUCUCUUCACCGUCUCAACCGGCGAGGGUUGGCCUCAGGUGCUGCAGCACUCCACCGACGUGACCGAGGAGAGCAUGGGUCCGAGCCGAGGCAACCGCAUGGAGAUGUCGGUUUUCUACGUGGUUUACUUCGUGGUCUUUCCCUUCUUCUUCGUGAACAUCUUCGUGGCUCUGAUCAUUAUCACUUUCCAGGAGCAGGGCGACAAGAUGAUUCAGGAGUGCAGUCUGGAGAAGAAUGAGCGGGCUUGCAUUGACUUUACCAUCAGUGCCAAGCCAAUGACUCGCUACAUGCCCCAGAACAGACAAACCUUCCAGUACAGGCUGUGGCACUUUGUGGCAUCGCCCUCUUUUGAGUACACCGUGCUGGUGAUGAUUGCCCUCAACACGGUGGUCCUCAUGAUGAAGUACUACUCUGCCCCAACAGCCUACGAUGCCGUCCUAAAACAUCUCAACACAGCAUUUACUGUCCUCUUCUCCAUGGAGUGCAUACUCAAGAUCAUGGCUUUUGGUUUGGUGAACUAUUUCAGAGACACUUGGAAUAUUUUUGACUUCAUCACAGUUAUCGGCAGCAUCACCGAGAUCGUUGUGGAUUUACAGUCAUUGAAUACCAUCAACAUGAGUUUCCUGAAGCUCUUCCGAACAGCAAGGUUGAUCAAACUCCUGAGGCAAGGUUACACCAUUCGCAUCCUGCUGUGGACCUUCGUACAAUCUUUUAAGGCGCUUCCUUACGUCUGCCUGCUCAUCGCAAUGCUUUUCUUCAUAUACGCCAUCAUUGGAAUGCAGGUGUUUGGAAACAUCAAACUGAAUGACGAAAGCCACAUCAAUCAGCACAACAACUUCAAGACCUUCUUCAGUGCUCUCAUGCUGCUCUUCAGGAGUGCAACAGGGGAAUCCUGGCAGGAGAUUAUGCUUUCCUGUCUGUCGGGUCAGGAGUGCGAGACCGACACCUCUCUUGCCCCCUUCACAUUGUCUCCAGACCAUGAGGGAGGCUGCGGCACCGACUUUGCCUACUGCUACUUUGUCUCUUUCAUCUUCUUUAGCUCCUUCCUGAUGUUAAACCUGUUUGUAGCCGUUAUUAUGGAUAACUUUGAGUACCUGACACGAGACUCCUCAAUCCUUGGACCUCAUCACUUGGAUGAAUUUGUCAGAAUCUGGGGAGAAUAUGAUCGUUUGGCAUGUGGACGCAUCCACUACACGGCUAUGUAUGAGAUGUUAACACAUAUGUCUCCUCCGCUGGGCCUGGGCAAAAAAUGUCCUGCCAAGAUUGCCUAUAAGAGGUUGGUGCUGAUGAACAUGCCAGUGGACGAAGACAUGACGGUCCACUUCACUUCCACUCUCAUGUCGCUCAUACGCACGGCGCUGGACGUUAAAAUAGCCAGAGGUGGUGAGGACCGCAUCGCCUUGGAUGCUGAACUGCAGAAAGAAAUCAGCAUCAUCUGGCCCUACCUGCCUCAAAAGAACUUGGACCUCCUGGUGCCUAUCAACAAAGACACGGACAUGACAGUGGGGAAGAUUUACGCCUCAAUGAUGAUCAUGGACUACUUCAAACAGAAUAAGGCCAAAAAGCUGCGGCAACAGCUGGAAGCUCAGAAGAGCAACUUGAUCUUCAAACGUUUGGAUGCGUCCACCCUCCCUGAGGACAUACUGUCCAAUGCACAACCUCUACCUAUGAUGGCCCACAGCGCCGGAUCGGCCCUGACAAGGGGAGGUUUUGUGGCCUUAAGUCCUAUUUCACCUCAGGAGCUAUUUCUGCAGUCCAUGAACUCUGACGCUGAUGAGAGUCAGCAGCAGAACCUGGUGGGAGAGGGCCGUUGGGGGAUUGUGGCCCCGCUCGAUGUUCCGCUAGGGAGGGGCCUGUGUGUGCGGGCCUCCUCCGUGCCCCGCCUGGCUGUAGGGUGGCAGACGGAAGCUGCCAGCGGAUCAUUGAAGCGUUCCGCCUCCACUGUGUCGGACAACCAGGUCAACGGUCUUUGGCAAGAGGAGAAAAGUCAGCAGAGGUUUUAUCGACCACGCCACAAAAGCUACAAGGCUGCAGUGUCUCGGUCGGAGCACCGGCAGCAAGGCGACAGAGAGAGAGGUCGAUCCAAGGAGCGCUGCCACCUUCUGUCUCCGGACACGUCCCGUUGCAACUCUGAAGAACGAGGCCUGCAGCCGUCACGCUCCUCAAGUGUGGAGAGGACACGGCCUCACAAGCAGGGUAACAGCUCAGACAGCUCCGUGCCUUCCACGUCCGAGUCUAGCACCCCUAGUGUGCGCAGACCCUCAUCGCAAACCCCAACCCGCUCUCGCCCUCACAUCUCCUACUCCCCCCUGGUGUGCCGUGCCGACCCCUCUAUCGGCGAAGACGAGGACGAGCAGGGCAGCCUUGAGAAGGCGCGGCAAGACCAGGCGAGGGACGAAAGCGGGGGCGAGGCGGGCCGCCACCCUUCCCCACCUCGCCGCUACCCGUCCGAGCCCUUCCUGGCCUUCCAGGAGGAGGACCACAGUCCGGAUCCCACCGGCCCCAUGGAGACGUUGACCUUCGAGGCGGCCGUGGCCUGCAGCCUGGGACGCUCAAACACCGUUAGCUCGGCGCGCCCUCGCUUGCGGACUGGCUGGCAGGUCCCCAACGGACAUUUCCGAAAGCGUCUGCCGCAAACGGCCUCGGUGGUGGGCUGCGACCCGCUCAGCGACACAGAAGAGGAUGACAGGUGCUAGGGAAGGAGAAGACGUUGACAACGCUGCAAUGUACAGUGUUGUCAUGGUUACAGUACAUUAUCACCAUGUGUGGACCAGCCCGAAACAACACAAAACACUUCUUCCUGGAAUUGUAGUUCAAACAAAACAUUUAAAAAAGUCUACUUCCUGCUUUGUACGUGAUGAUAAAGCACAUUACUUUAAAUGUGCAAAAAUCUUGGGCCACCACUACAUAGUCAAAUAUAGUUAACAGGAUUAUGCAAAAUACAUUUUAAAAAAAAGUUAGGAAGUUUGGUGAGGAUCUGGAUUAUGGUGCAGACAUUGAAAUGUAUCUUCACUGUUGAAAUUGCACACAAGAAUCAUAGUGAUGCAUCCCGUCUGUUUGCUAUCAUGAACCAGGAAGUAGCCUGGUUACUAACAAAUAUUGAUAAACACACGGAUUGUGUCCAUCUAAUUGUGGCCCAAGAUUUUCACACUUCUGCACACAAA